UUCCCGCUCCGCUCCCGGCAGCGGGGGGGUCUCCAGGCCUCGGUGGAGGCGGCGAUGGGGAUGGCCGGGUUUUUGUCGCUGCGCUGCCCCGCCGGCUGCUGACGCCGCACCGCCCGCGUUCCGCGGACACCCCGCGCCAGAAAACACCAACAGGAAGGAUAGCUUGAAAGGCUCUUGAUCACUUUCCAUUCCCCGAGUGUGCUGCCAGCAGCCAGGAUGUCGGGGGCUUCCGUGAAGGUGGCUGUUCGGGUCCGGCCUUUCAACUCCCGAGAAACCAGCAAGGAGUCCAAAUGUAUCAUCCAGAUGCAAGGCAAUUCAACCAGUAUUAUCAACCCAAAGAACCCUAAGGAAGCACCAAAGUCCUUCAGCUUUGACUACUCUUACUGGUCCCACACAUCGCCUGAAGAUCCCUGCUUUGCAUCUCAGAGCCGUGUGUACAAUGAUAUUGGGAAGGAGAUGCUCCUGCAUGCCUUUGAGGGCUACAACGUGUGCAUCUUUGCCUAUGGCCAGACUGGAGCUGGGAAAUCCUACACCAUGAUGGGCAAGCAGGAGGAGAGCCAAGCAGGCAUCAUUCCCCAGCUAUGUGAAGAGCUGUUUGAGAAAAUCAAUGACAACAGCAAUGAGGAAAUGUCAUAUUCUGUAGAGGUGAGUUACAUGGAGAUUUACUGUGAGAGAGUCAGAGACUUGUUGAACCCGAAGAACAAAGGGAAUCUGCGGGUGCGAGAACAUCCUCUCCUUGGGCCCUACGUGGAGGAUCUGUCCAAGUUAGCAGUCACAUCCUACACAGACAUUGCAGACCUCAUGGAUGCUGGGAACAAAGCCAGGACUGUGGCAGCCACCAACAUGAAUGAAACCAGCAGCCGCUCUCAUGCUGUGUUUACAAUUGUCUUCACUCAGAAGAAGCAUGACACGGAAACCGACCUUUCCACAGAGAAGGUCAGCAAGAUCAGCCUGGUGGAUCUGGCUGGGAGCGAGCGAGCUGACUCCACCGGCGCCAAGGGAACCCGGUUAAAGGAAGGAGCAAAUAUAAACAAGUCUCUCACAACUCUGGGCAAAGUUAUUUCAGCAUUGGCUGAAGUGGAUAACUGCACCAGCAAGAGCAAAAAGAAGAAGAAGACAGACUUUAUACCCUACAGGGAUUCUGUACUAACGUGGCUUCUUCGAGAAAAUCUAGGUGGUAACUCCAGAACCGCAAUGGUCGCUGCUCUCAGUCCAGCAGACAUCAACUACGAUGAAACCUUGAGCACUUUGAGGUAUGCUGAUCGUGCGAAGCAGAUUAAAUGCAAUGCUGUUAUCAAUGAAGAUCCCAACGCCAAGCUGGUGCGGGAGCUCAAGGAGGAGGUGACAAGGCUCAAGGAUCUCCUGCGUGCUCAAGGGCUGGGAGAUAUUAUUGACAUUGAUCCAAUGGGAGAUGAAUACUCUGGAAGUGGAGGCAAAUAUCUGAAAGAUUUUCAGAACAAUAAGCAUAGAUACUUGCUAGCCUCCGAGAAUCAACGUCCUGGCAAUUUUUCCACAGCCUCCAUGGGGUCCCUCACUGCAUCUCCAUCCUCCUGCUCUCUCAGUAGUCAGGUGGGCUUAACAUCUGUGUCCAGUAUACAGGAAAGAAUCAUGUCAACACCCGGAGGAGAAGAGGCCAUUGAACGUUUGAAGGAGUCUGAGAAGAUCAUUGCAGAGCUGAACGAAACAUGGGAAGAGAAACUGAGGAAAACAGAGGCCAUUAGGAUGGAAAGAGAGGCAUUGUUGGCAGAAAUGGGCGUUGCCAUUCGGGAAGAUGGAGGAACACUGGGAGUCUUCUCACCCAAAAAGAUUUUUCCUCAGAGGCCAUCAGCUCUUUUUGAUGAUUCUUUUGGUGCAUUUUCAGCUGAUCAGAUUUUCACACCAAGGCCUUGUGACUUGUUUGCUGAUUCCAAUGGGGUUUUUUCACCAAAGAAGACUCCUCAUCUUGUAAACCUUAAUGAAGAUCCACUCAUGUCUGAAUGUCUGCUGUACUACAUCAAGGAUGGCAUCACAAGGGUUGGCCAGGCUGACGCGGAGCGGCGCCAGGACAUCGUGCUGAGCGGGGCUCACAUCAAGGAGGAGCACUGCGUCUUCCGCAGCGAGAGGAACAACAACGGCGAAGUUAUUGUUACUCUGGAGCCUUGUGAACGAUCAGAAACAUACGUCAAUGGCAAGAGGGUUGUGCAGCCUGUGCAGCUGCGUUCAGGAAAUCGUAUCAUCAUGGGUAAAAAUCAUGUCUUCAGAUUCAACCACCCAGAGCAAGCACGAGCAGAAAGAGAGAAAACGCCAUCAGCUGAGACUCCCUCAGAGCCAGUUGACUGGACAUUUGCUCAGAGGGAGCUUCUGGAGAAGCAGGGCAUUGACAUGAAGCAAGAGAUGGAGAAAAGAUUACAAGAAAUGGAGAUCUUAUAUAAGAAGGAGAAGGAGGAAGCUGAUCUCUUGUUGGAGCAGCAAAGACUGGACUAUGAGAGCAAACUGCAGGCCCUCCAGAAGCAGGUAGAGACACGGUCCUUGGCAGCUGAAACAACAGAGGAGGAGGAGGAGGAGGAGGAAGAAGUGCCCUGGACACGCCAUGAAUACGAACUCGCCCAGUGGGCUUUCAGGAAGUGGAAAUUCCACCAGUUCACUUCGCUGAGGGACCAGCUCUGGGGAAAUGCAGUGUACCUGAAGGAAGCCAAUGCAAUCAGUGUAGAGUUAAAGAAAAAGGUGCAGUUCCAGUUUGUCCUGCUCACGGACACGCUGUACUCCCCCCUGCCCCCCGAGCUCCUGCCCGCCGAGCCGGAGAAGAGCCGGGACCGCCGGCCUUUCCCCCGCACCGUGGUGGCCGUGGAGGUGCAGGACCUGAAGAACGGAGCGACGCAUUACUGGUCCUUGGAAAAACUCAAGCAGAGGCUGGAGCUGAUGCGGGAGAUGUACGACCGCGCCGGGGACGUGGCCUCGGGCAGCCAGGAGGAGCCCGAGGGCUCCAUGACGGGCAGCGACCCCUUCUACGACCGCUUCCACUGGUUCAAGCUCGUGGGCAGCUCCCCCAUAUUCCAUGGCUGCGUCAACGAGCGCCUGGCCGAUCGCACGCCCUCCCCCACUUUCUCCACGGCCGACUCCGACAUCACGGAACUGGCAGAUGAGCAGCAGGAUGAGAUGGAGGACUUUGAUGAUGAGGCCUUUGUGGAUGACACUGGCUCCGACGUUGGGACUGAGGAGGGAUCAGACCUCUUCAAUGAUGGGCGCGACCCGUUUUACGACCGAUCCCCUUGGUUCAUUUUAGUGGGAAGAGCCUUCGUGUACCUGAGCAACCUGCUGUACCCCGUGCCCCUGAUCCACAGGGUGGCCGUGGUCAGCGAGAAGGGCGAGGUGCGGGGCUUCCUGCGCGUGGCUGUGCAGGCCAUAGCAGCUGAUGAAGAAGCCCCAGAUUAUGGAUCUGGUAUUCGACAGUCUGGGACAGCUAAAAUUUCAUUUGACAAUGAGUAUUUUGAUAAGAGUGAUUUUUCUUCGGUUGCGAUGACUCGGUCUGGACUGUCCCUGGAGGAGUUACGGAUUGUGGAGGGGCAAGGGCAGAAUUCCGAGGUUACCACUCCUCCAGAGGAGAUCAACAGAAUGAACGAGCUGGACUUGAAGUCAGCCACUUUGGAUGGAAAGAUGACUAUGGAAGGGUUCACUGAGGAAAUUGGUGAUCACCUGAAGCUGGGCAGUGUGUUUACCUUCCGUGUGACAGUGCUUCAGGCCAGUGGCAUCCUGCCCGAAUAUGCAGAUAUUUUCUGCCAAUUCAACUUUUUACAUCGACAUGAUGAAGCUUUUUCAACAGAACCUCUCAAAAACAAUGGCCGAGGGACUCCCCUUGGGUUUUACCAUGUUCAGAAUAUUGCUGUGGAAGUGACAGAAUCAUUUGUGGAGUACAUCAAAACAAAGCCCAUUGUCUUUGAAGUCUUUGGGCAUUAUCAGCAGCAUCCUCUGCACCUGCAGGGACAGGAUCUCAACAGCCCUCCACAGCCUUCUCGAAGAUUCUUUCCUCCCCCUAUGCCACUGUCCAAGCCAGACCAUGAAAGGAAAAUUGAGUUGAUUAGGUACCUUAUGUCUGGCUAUGUAAACGUGCAUGUGCUGAACACGCUGUCCGAGCAUGCCACCGUGCUGGCCUCCUCUGCCGUGGCUGCUUUCCAGGAUGGAGCUGACCAGCUGCCACCUUUUCUCUUUCUGCCUGUUCCCAGUUGUCAGAGUGAGCGGGCUCCUAAACGAGAUGUUCCAGCUACAAAGCUGAAUACUAUGAGCAAGCCCAGCUUGGGCCAGAGUGUGAGCAAAUACGACCUCCUGGUGUGGUUUGAGAUCAGUGAACUGGAGCCAACAGGGGAGUACAUCCCUGCCAUUGUGGAUCACACCGGGGGCCUGCCCUGCCAGGGGACCUUUCUGCUGCACCAGGGAAUCCAGAGGAGAAUCACAGUCACCAUUAUCCAUGAGAAGGGCAGUGAGCUGCACUGGAAAGAUGUGCGAGAGCUGGUGGUUGGGCGUAUAAGAAAUAAAGCAGAGGUAGAUGAAGCUGCUGUGGAUGCCAUUCUGUCUUUGAAUAUCAUCUCUGCAAAAUACCUGAAGUCCUCUCACAGCUCCAACAGGCUCUUUCUUGAUAAGGAUAUGCCUAGGACUUUCUACCGCUUUGAGGCAGUUUGGGAUAGUUCCUUGCACAACUCCCUCCUCCUCAAUCGAGUGACACCGUAUGGAGAGAAGAUCUACAUGACCCUUUCUGCCUACCUGGAGCUCGACCACUGCAUCCAGCCUGCUGUGAUCACAAAGGAUGUCUGCAUGGUGUUCUACUCCCGCGACGCCAAGAUCUCCCCGCCGCGGUCCCUGCGCAGCCUCUUCGGCAGCGGCUACUCCAAAUCCCCCGACUCCAAUCGAGUAACUGGGAUCUAUGAACUGAGUUUAUGCAAAAUGUCAGACUCAGGAAGUCCAGGAAUGCAGAGGAGGAGGAGGAAAGUCCUGGAUACUUCUGUGGCAUAUGUGAGGGGAGAAGAGAACCUGGCAGGUUGGAGGCCCAGGGGUGACAGCCUCAUUCUAGAGCAUCAGUGGGAACUGGAGAAACUGGAGCUGCUGCAUGAGGUGGAAAAAACCCGACAUUUUCUUCUGCUUCGUGAGAAGCUUGGUGACAGCAUCCCCAAGUCCCUGAGUGACUCGUUGUCUCCCAGCCUGAGCAGUGGAACCCUCAGCACCUCCACCAGCAUUUCUUCUCAGAUUUCAACCACGACCUUCGAGAGCGCGGUGACGCCCAGCGAGAGCAGCGGCUACGACUCGGCGGACAUCGAGAGCCUGGUGGACCGGGAGAAGGAGCUGGCCACCAAGUGUCUGCAGCUUCUUACUCAUACCUUCAAUCGGGAAUUCAACCAGGUGUACAACAGCAUCAGCGAUUGUAAGCUCUCGGAUAUUUCUCCAAUUGGGCGGGACCCGUCCGUGUCCAGUUUCAGCAGUGCAACCCUCACCCCUUCAUCCACCUGCCCUUCUCUGGUGGAUUCCAGGUGCAAUUCAGUUGAUCAGAAGACACCAGAAGCAAAUUCUCGUGCCUCCAGUCCCUGUCAUGAGGUGGAGCAGUUCCAGAUAAUUCCUGCAGUAGAAACUUCCUACCUUGCCAGAGCUGGAAAGAACGAGUUCCUAAACCUCGUUCCUGAUAUUGAGGAAAUCAGACCAGGCUCUGUGGUGUCAAAGAAAGGAUACCUCCACUUCAAGGAGCCACUCUCCAGCUCCUGGGCCAAGCACUUUGUGGUGGUUCGCCGUCCCUAUGUUUUUAUUUACAACAGUGACAAAGAUCCUGUAGAAAGAGGAAUCAUAAACUUAUCCACAGCUCAGGUGGAAUACAGCGAGGAUCAGCAGGCAAUGGUGAAGACACCCAACACGUUUGGAGUGUGCACAAAGCACCGUGGAGUCCUGCUGCAGGCCAUCAAUGACAAGGACAUGAAUGACUGGUUGUACGCCUUCAAUCCUCUCCUGGCUGGCACGAUUCGGUCCAAGCUGGCUCGAAGACGCACGGGCCAGAUGAAGUACUGAGUCCAUGUAAUGUUCUCAUCUGUUCUGCCCACUCACCUUCCCAUAGAUAGUGUUACCUCUCAUUUUCUCUUUGUGAUUCUUGACGGUUUCUCUUGUAUGUAAUCCUGUGGCUUAACAUCCCCCACCUUCCCCACUCCUUCAGCACAUUUUCUAGGUAUUCUAACCCUACCUUGUUUCUUUUCACCUGUACCUGAAUUGUACUAGUAGCAUGUGGCCAAACAAAAAGAGAAAGAAAAAAAAAAAAUCAAAAAAAUUGAGUGAUUAUGCACGACUCUAAAAAGAAAAAAAAAUUCCUAUAACAAUUGUUUUCCCAUUUCAACUGCCCUUUUGGUGUCUGUCCCACUGUCCACUGUCUGUCUAGACUGCUACAGGGUUUCCAUUCAAUUCGUGACUUGGCAGUGGUCAUUGGUUCCCUCAGGGCAAAGUUCCAAUGCCAGGGAAAGAUAAAUUGUUUAAUGGAGACAUUACCCAGCCAGGAACUGCAAUAGCUCCUCAGGCUUUCUGGAUCCAGCCUCGAAGUUAAACUCUGAAAAGCUGAUAUUGGACAAAUCUAUCUGGACAGACUGGAUUUUGGACUUUGUGCAAGUUUCUAAAUUUCCAGGGUCCAGCAGGCUAAGGCACGAGCUAGGAAAAGUUAGGGAACAAACCAGGAGGGGCUGGCUAGAACAAUCUGCCUUUAAACUCUUGCUGUGGGGGUUGCAGGUGAACAGUGCUUGGGUUUAAUUCUUUCCCAGAAGAGUUUCCAUCAGCACACACUCCUCAGCCUCUGAACUGAGCUGAGCAGACUGUGCUGAUAUGAGGGAAAUAGACCACAGACUGAAACAUGAGAUAAAAUCCCAAAAAUUUCAGAUGCUCAAGCGGUGUAUUUGACAGAUGGGGAGUGUUAAAUAGAAAUGAAAGUGCAGUUGGUCCCUGGAUCACCAUGGAGGGCAGAUCCCCUCUUCCUGCUUUUAGUCCUGACUUCCAAGUUCUGCAGGACCAGUUCUCACCUCUCUGGGGAAGGUUUAGGACUCCCGUGGCUGUGUCAGGGUAGCAGCUCUGCAGCGUUGUUCCCAAGGGCCCGUUUGUGCAUCCCUAACCUGUAAUGCUCCCGUGUCACCCCCCUGUCCAUGGAGCACCCAGGGUCUGGGGCACACUUCCUAGGCCCAGCACCUGCAGAGUUCUCAGGGAGCCACAGGACACUUUGAGUUCCUUUUGAAAAACUGCCAAGUGUCUCCUAAUUUCCCUGCUGCAGUUUUCAUCAGCUAAAGCCCACUGUUCAGAGUUAACCCUUCUGAGGAACAGACCAAGUGGAUUCUGUCCUGGUCAGUGGUAUGUCAUAAUUGGCUUCUUGGACGUCAGCUGGGUGGUGUCAGUUCUUGACCCUCAGUGUAAGUUCCUGUGGCCAAAGCUUUGGUCCUUGCCCCAAGAAAGAAGAGCAGAAUGAAUUUCCUUUUGGGGACGUGAACUCCCCUGUCUCAGUCAGGUGUUGGGGAGGUUGGGGAUGUUGUGUGUUCUUUCCUGCUGUGUUAUCCUUUCUUGCUGUACCCAGGGCACUGGUAGGGCUGGCUGUGGUCCUGGGCAGAGGGAAGGGAUUUCCUCUGGAGGCUCCAGCCUCGCAAGGCAGAGGUGACAGGUUUGUCCACCUCUGGCAGCAGGCACACCAGGCACGGUGCAGGCCAGGAGACUCGUUUGGGUGCAGGCUGGGCAGGCUGUGCUCGGGAGCUCCGUGGGACUGGAAUCUGCUGAGAAAGGGCUUUGCUCUGUGGCUGCAUCUGUUGCACUGUGCGCUGCAAUCUGCUGCUCCGAGCGCUGCAGGGCACAGUGAGACCUCCUGGCAGCCUGGAAGGCAAAGGAGCAGGGAGGUGGAGCUGACACUUGCUGGGACACACCUUUACAUAUCUCGAGGUAGUUCUUAAGCUGACUCAUAUGCUCAAGCUGUCUCUGUGGUCCUCAGAUUUAUUUCAGAACUGGAAGCCAGAGUGAGGGAGCAUCCUGGGGACCCAGGAGCAUCAUAGGGAUAGGGUUUUGCUUUUUUUGGUUUUUUUUCCCUUUUGUUUUUGUCUUGUUUAACUGUGUGUGACUCUUAAUACAGUGAUGAUAUUCCUUUGUUAUGCAAUGAUGAUAAAGCACUUCCAGUGUGUGGAUAAAACUGCUUGUCCUGCAGGAAGGCUCCUCACACUGCAGCUAAGCUGAUCUCAAGAAUUAGGUUAAUUCUAAGCAUUAAGUUAUUGCUGCCAUCGCCACUGUUUAUAGUGACAGUGGAACCUGUUUGAGGAGGCAGAGUGAUUGAGCUGGUGGUAGGUUGUGACACACUGAGAGCAUUUUAGCUUGUAUCUGUUUCUUUUUUUUAACUAGAAGAAAGCUAGUUUUCUAAGUCUUUGCUUUGGAUAAACCAGAGAAUGAACCGAGUGGUUACAGGCAUUGCACAAAAUCAUGAUAAGGGAUCUUCAUUUAAAAGCAGGAAGAGACAGAUGCUGAUUUUACAGAGAGCUUGAAGUGUUACAGUUUUUGCAUAAAUGUCACUCUUCUGUCUUAAAACUCCAAGCAAAUUCUGGUGACUUGAGGUCUGAGGAUAAUGGAUCACCAGAAGAGCAAAAGUCUGGUUUUAAGCAUCAGCAUCUCUUAAAGCUGCAUAAUCUGUAACAAACUAGGUCCUUGUUGUGUGGAGUUCACGUGGGCAUUCCUGUUUUCAGGUCUGACAUAAAGGCAAAGUUUUCCUGCAAUUACUGAAGCCUGCUUUGAGACAUUGGGGUUUCUCUACUUAAAACUGGACUGAAACCAGCCCAAUUUUCUUUAAAGAGAUAUCAAACCAAACAAAUAAACAAACAAAAAAGUGAAUUUCCAUUCACUUCAAAGCUUAGCCCAACAUGUUAGAAAUUUGUUUUUGGAAACAGAAUGAGGAAGGACAAACAUGCUAAGUUGCCUUCUCCUGACACUCCACAGCCCAUUCUUGGUUGGCUGCUGUGUGUGUGUGGAGUCCCAGAGUCAGACAGCUCUGGGGGCUCAGCCUCUGUAGAGGAGGCAUCCUGCAGUGGGCCUGCCAGCCCCUGAGGACACGCACCAGCAGGGAGCUGGGUGGGCAUUCCCUGGGAGGAGCGAGUGUCAGACCGUGCUCUGUUUGGGGUUUUAUGUUCCUUGCCAAAAGGAAGGAGAAAACUCUCCUUUUUGUCCAUUGAAAAUCAUGUUGGAUCUUCCUGGGUAUUGUAAUAUUAAGCUAAACCUCCUAUAAUGUGUUUUAGAAAUGCACUUUAAGUACCUUUUUAAAGAAGAUUCCUGUAUUCUGGGAAUAUGGAAGAGAAGGGAGUACUAUUUCCAGAGGGUAUGAUUUCCAGACUGCCUAGAAAAGGUUUUUUGUGUCAAUGUCUAAUAGUCCUGAUUACUGAUUAGCAUGGUAUUUCAAAGCAAAGACUUUACUUUUUGCUGCUUGUUAUCUAAUUUACAGGGAUUUAAUUUUAUGUAAUGUAUUGUAUAUUUAUACAUCUGUAAUUAAUUGCACAUUAGAUAGGAAAGAGGAUUAGCUUCGGUCUAACACCCACUGGUACUAAACUGCCUGUGCACGUGGAUGUGCCCGUCCUCCUGCCCAGCCGAGCUGGUGGUGUUGAUGCUGUGCUGGGUGCCGUGCUGAGGGUGCAGCUGGUGAGCUGCUGCUGGAGGAGGAAGGCUCCUGCUGCUGCCGGGAGGGCUCUGCUGGCUGUCCCCACAGAUGGGCCCGCGCGUCACUGCCCCCGUCUGGGGCCUGGCUGUGCUGUCUGUAGCAGGAUGUAUUAACUUCGUGCUUCCUUGUUUCGAAACAUCAGCUGUUCAAGAGCAGGACUGACUUUUGUUCAGAAGGCCAUUUAUGUGUUCAAUGUAUUUGAAAUCAAAACCAGUCCAACACUAACCAGAUGAUUGCGUCCAAUGUUAUUUGGAACAGGAUUUAAAUUGCUGGGAUCAGCUGUGUAUUCAGAAAACUGGUGUGGAGCUCCUAAGUCUUCAGUUCUUAAUGUUGCCAAGUGAGUGGGCUGCCCCUGAGCAGUGCUGAAUUUUCCUCUUGCUUGCCUGGAAACCAGGGACUGGAAGCAGAGGGAGCCUGGAAUGAUCAGCACUUCCCAGGAUCAGGUCUGAAUUUUCCACUUUGCUUGUUCAUAUUUCAUGUGCUGUUGGUUAUGGCUCCUGAAUUUGGACAUCAGACAUGCUGUUCACUGGAAUACGUCCCUUGGAAUUGCGGUCCCCAUGUCCCUGUUAAUCUCUCUGUACACAAGGUAAAUGCUGUAUAAGUGGCCUUCUUGAACAAAUCUCUUUGCAAACUGAUUUCAUCCCAGCGAAGGAGUGUAUCAGCAACACUGUACAUUAAUUUCAGGUUUUCAUUUUCUUAUUUUAUUUUGUAAAUAUAUCCGAUAUUUGGAGCUUGAGUAUACAAAAUGUAAAUAUAGUUCAUGUAUUUGUACUAAUUCUGAUCCAUUUGCUGUAUAGCCUUAGGUGUGCAAUGCAGAUAUCUAACUGUGUAUGGUAACCUUGCACCACUGAAUUGUUAGUGAACGAGGUGAAACAAUAAAGGUACAACCAGUGCAUUAGCAGAGAGAA